AUGACCGUUUUACCCACCGACAAAUUCGCCACUAAGGCAAUCCAUGCUGGCGCCCACACCGACGUUCACGGCUCGGUGAUCGAACCGAUUUCGCUGUCGACGACUUUCAAGCAGCACGCACCCGCACAGCCAGUUGGCCAGUACGAGUACUCGAGAUCGCAGAAUCCUAACCGUAAGAAUUUGGAAGACGCCGUCGCGGCUUUGGAAAAUGCCAAAUACGGCCUAGCGUUCUCGUCGGGCUCAGCGACCACAGCCGUGGUGCUGCAGUCUUUGCCCCAGGGCUCGCAUGCGGUCUCCAUCGGAGACGUGUACGGCGGUACCCACAGAUAUUUCAGCAAGGUCGCCAACGCGCACGGCGUUGAGACCACCUUCAGCAACGACCUGGUCGAGGAAUUGCCCCAGCUGAUCAGAGACAACACCAAGUUGGUGUGGAUCGAAACCCCAACCAACCCCACGUUGAAGGUCACCGACAUUCAGCUAGUCAGCAACACGAUCCGCAAGAUCAACCCAGAGAUUUUGCUCGUGGUCGACAACACCUUCUUGUCGCCAUACCUGUCCAACCCACUUGACUUUGGUGCCGACAUUGUGGUCCACUCCGCUACCAAGUACAUCAACGGUCACUCCGACGUUGUUUUGGGUGUCUUGGCCACCAACAGCGAGGCCUUGUACACCAAGCUCCAAUUUUUGCAAAACGCUAUUGGUGCCAUUCCCUCCCCAUUCGAUGCCUGGUUGGCCCACAGAGGUUUGAAGACUCUACACUUGCGUGUUAGACAAGCCUCCCUAUCUGCUACCAAAAUCGCCAAAUUCCUAGCAGAGAGCGAAAGCGUCCAGUCCGUCAACUACCCAGGUCUUGAAUCGCACCCUAACUACGAUGUCGUGAAGAAACAACACCGCGAAGCACUAGGUGGUGGUAUGAUCUCUUUCAGAAUCAAAGGUGGUGCCGAAGCCGCUUCCAAAUUCACCUCCGCUACUAGAUUGUUUACAUUGGCCGAGUCCUUGGGUGGUAUCGAGUCUCUACUAGAGGUUCCAGCUGUAAUGACCCAUGGCGGCAUUCCAAAGGAGCAAAGAGAAAUCAGUGGUGUUUACGACAACCUGGUCAGACUUUCGGUUGGUAUCGAAGAUUCCGACGAUUUGCUCGACGACAUUAAGAAGGCUCUUAAGGAGGCUGCUAAUUAA